AUGGAGGGUGACCUCAGUGACCUGGAGCUGCAGCUGGGCCAUGCUACCCAGCAGGCCACAGAGGCCCAGGUGGCCACAUGGCUGCUGCAGGCCCAACUGAAGGAGGAGCAGGCGCAGGCCCUGGAACGCUGGGCUGCGCUGUCGGCUUCUGAGCUGGAGGAGCUGUGGGCUGCGCUGAAGCAGGGCGAGCGCAGGCUGGCGGAGCAGGAACUGUUGGAGGCCACCAAGCGCCUCAACCUCCUGCAUUCGCAGAACACAGGCCUUCUGAACCAGAAGAAGCAGCUCAAGGUGGAUUUGGCCCACCUGAGUGGGGAGGCAGAGAAGGCCAAAAAGGCCAUCACCAAUGCCACCAUGAUGGCUGAGGAACUGAAGAAAGAGCAGGACACAAGUGCACACCUGGAACGGAAGACACUGGAACAGAUGAUGUGGGAGCUCCAGGCCCAGCUUGAAGCUGAACAAGCUGCCCUCAGAGGUGAGAGGCAGGUACCUAUGGGGGUACUGGUGCAGACUGUGGGCCCCUGGCAGAGGCCAGUGGCCUGUCUGUCCAAGCGGGGUCGGGAGGCGGAGGAGCGGGAAGCACCACCACGGCCUCUGGCCCGGCUUCGAGAGGCCUCUCGGAAAAACCCCGGGGACCGCCCGCCGCGUCUGCAGCCCGCGCGGAGAGGUGCCGGGAGCGAAAGCGCCUCCCCUGCCUCGACGGCUCUCUUCUCCGCCCGCGCUCCCCGCCAUCGCCCGGGCGCAGCCCGAGCGGCAGAGGGCUGCCCAGCCGCCUGGUGCCCGCGGCCGAGAGCGAAGCCGACGGCCCGCGCCUCCCUGCGGGAACCGCGUGACGCGGCCCCGGCGUCGGCUCUGCCUCCGGCGGGCGGCUCGCAGGCGGUGGCGGCGGCCCGCUGCGGGAACCGAGCCUUCGAGCCGGCCCCGCGCGGCCGCCUCCCGCUCGUCCCGGCCGGCCGGCCGGUGCUCGCCAACGCCGACGGCACGAGGCGGCUGUCCCACCGCGCACGCUGCAGCCGCGGUCCGAGCGAGCAGGCCUCCACCCGCCUCCGCACAGGCGCCCACGUCCAGCGACAGAACGGAGACGGGCAGAGCGCCCGCACGCCGCUCCCGCCCCACCGGCCGCCGACGGCGCAGACCCCGCCCGCGGGCGCGCUCGGGAGUGCCAGCUUCCCUCAGGGCACGGGGGCCGCCUCCCUGGCGCGCAGAAGCGUGGCCGUGCAGACGCCUGCCUGCUGGGGCCCGCCCGGCCGGCCCGGGGACAGCCCCGCCGGCGCCGAGGCGGGGCGCGAGGACGUGUGCACCCCCGGGAGGCCCAGCAGCACCCUGUGCCGGGAGCUCGGGGGCCUGCGGCUGCUCGGCGUGGGCGUCCCAGCCACCCCGCUCUCGGCCCGCGCCGCGCUCAGGACGUUCUUGCUGGACAGCAGCCACCGAGCCAGGGCAGGGGCCGCCCCCGGGCACGGCACCCUUCCUGCCACGGCCAGCCGCGGACGUCCCCGAGCUUGCUCCUGUGGUACAUGUUCGAAGUCCCCGCGUGGUGCAGUGAGUGCAGGCUGGUCUGCCGCGUCCAUGAGGGAGCCUGGCGGUGCUUUCCCGGUGGGCCGGGUUAACCAGGGUCCUCAGAAGACUCAGCCGGGGAAAGCAGCUCCGGGCCGACCGGACAGCGCCAGUUCCGAAGAGGCCUACGUGUUCGUGCACCCAGGUCCCUGCGCCUCGCUGGCCUCGGAGCGGGAAGGUGCUGACGUCCGCGUCUCCACCAGCCCAGGGCGCCGCCACUCUGCCCUGCAUGGCUCCCUGCCCACCGCCCUUCCCGGGCACCGCGGCCCCAGCCAAGGGCGCGAGCUCCUGCCGCCCCCUGUCGACCGCAGCCUCAAGCCUGGCCAGAAAAGUACCGUGGGAUCCGAAGAUGUGACCCUGAGGCCUGUCACCGUGGGCAAAGACCCUGCACCUCUCUCCCUGAGAAGCGUCGCCGUCGUCGGUGAAUGCUCCUCCACGUCACCUGCCACCAGGUCUGGGCCCGGCCGCUCCUCCCCGAGCCACGGCCCCGUCCCCGCUCAGACCGGCGCCGGCGCAGCCUCCGGAGACAGUGCAGGGAGCCCGGAGCCUGUGCCACCCCAGUCCGCUGUCCCCCCGCAUGAGGAGGUGCACUAUGUCCAGGUGGACGAGGAGAAGACGCAGGCCCUGCAGAAGACUGCGCAGGACUGGGCGCGCCUGCGGCAGGCUGCGGAGCCCUCCAGGGGCGCCGAGCUGUGA